UCCGCGACCGGCUGGGUCCGCAGCCUCCGGGCGAGGACCCCCAGCAGGGCUGCCCGGCCGAACGCCCGAAGGACCCCGCGGGGGCCGCGCAGGCUAGCUAUCGCAGUGCCUGGUGGCCGGGCUCCGCGCUGGAGGACCAGGUGACUCCAGACCUGAACUCCGGCUGGGCUGGGGUUCGAACAGCCCUGGAUCUGGGGAGCGCUUAGGUCCUGCUUCGAAGGCCAGGAGUCGCGCGGCUGUCGGCCCGGAGAAAUGAGGGCCCGCGAGGAGAGGGGAGUGAGAUGACCUCGAUCUUGCGGAGCCCUCAGGCUCUCCAGCUUACUCUGGCCCUGAUCAAGCCUGAUGCUGUUGCUCACCCCCUGAUUCUGGAGGCUGUUCAUCAGCAAAUUCUGAGCAACAAGUUCCUUAUUGUACGAAUGAGAGAACUUCUGUGGAGAAAAGAAGAAUGCCAGCAGUUUUACAAAGAGCAUGAAGGGCGUUUUUUCUAUCAGCGGCUGGUGGAGUUCAUGGCCAGCGGGCCAAUCCGAGCCUACAUCCUGGCCCACAAGGAUGCCAUCCAGCUCUGGAGGACGCUGAUGGGACCCACCAGAGUGUUUCGAGCACGUCACGUGGCCCCAGAUUCAAUUCGUGGAAGUUUUGGCCUCACUGACACCCGCAACACAACCCAUGGCUCUGAUGAGGAUAACAGCUGCCUAUUGCUGCACUACAAAUCACCUCACAAUCUAGUGGCUUAGAACAAUGAUUUAUCUUUAUGUGUCUCUGGAUUGGCUGGGUGAUUCGGCUGGUCUCACUUGGAUUCACUCAUGUGGCUGAAGGUAGGUCAAACAUGGUUUUUUAUCCUGAGCUGCUUCAUAGCAUAAUUGUUUCAGGGUUCCAGGAGGAUAGAGCCCCAUUCACAAGCUUAUCAAGCUUCUGUUUAUAUCAUGUUUGCUAAUAUCCCAUUGGCCAAGGCAAGUCCCGUGGCCAAGCCCAGCAUCCAUGUGGGAAGAGACUAGGUAAGGGCAUGGGUACUGGGAGGUGUGAAUCACUGGGGGGUCAUUACUAGGGCAAUCUACCAUACAGGGCAUAGUGAGGAACCUUGAAUUUAUAUGGAAUUUGUGAAAACAAGUAUUUGCACACAUUAACGAAGGAGAUGAAGAAAUAGCCUGAGAAGGAAGGAAAAAUCCAAGGAUAUGUGCAUCAGGAAAGUCAAGAGGAGAGAGUGUUUCUGGAGAAAGAAGCAAUGUUGAAUAUUAUCGAGAAGUCCAGAAUGAUGAAGCCUUUUAAAUAACCUCUAAUGUGGCAGCAUGGAGGUCACUGUGACCUUGGUAAGAACAAUGCCUCUGUGCCAACAUGGGGGCUACCUUGCAUGGAAGAUAAUGGGCUAAAGCAUUUAUAGUGUCAUGCUACCCUGGGGUUAGAGUGGGAUGUCUGGGAGUCAGAGAAUCUUCUCACAUCUGAAUCUAUAAAUGUAUCUGCAUGUGCUCCCCUCUUCUCUUCCUGUUACAACAUAGGAAGUGUCCUGCUUUCCAUUAAGCCUUCUAUGUGCUCUGAACCCCACCUGGCUCUUUUGGUUUUCUGGUCUCUACUGCACUUUCACCUCUCUCUGCUGAGUCCCUUUGAAUUCAAAUAUGUUUUGAAAACAUGUUUGGGUAAUUCGGCAUGGAGCCUAUUUAAAAUUUAAAAAAAAUUAAAAAUAAAUAAAAGCAAGCCUUAAUACAUCAUCUCCUUCA